AUGGCCGCCUUAUUUCAGCCUGAAUAUACUUCUGAGCGUGUUACUUCAAGUCCAAGGAAAGAAAAUGAACCCUUUAUGCCAAAAGAGACACCUGAUCAGCGAUGCGAUGUUAUUUUGGUGGUCAAAGAUGGCAAAGAAUUCAAAGCUCAUAAACAAAUUCUCUCAGACGCAAGUCCUUUCUUUGAAAAACUACUAAACAGCGACAUGAAGGAGUCCAGAGAAGGAAUUGUCCGUUUGGAGAUGUUUUCCGAGUCUGCUAUGAGAAAUACACUGCAGUUUAUUUACACGGGUGAUGUUCAGAUAUUGGCUGAAGAGAAUGCCCGAGACCUUGUUGUUUCAGCCGAUUAUUUUUUUCUUGCAAACUUAAAAAGGCUCGCUGAGGCAGCUUUAUUAAAUAUGUUGAAUACUUCAAACUGUAUUUCCGGUUACUAUUUUUCCCAAAGAUACCAAUGCGAAGAACUUUUGGCCAAGAGCGAAAAUUACAUCUGUGCAAAUUUCACCGCUGUGUACGAAACGAGCCGUGAAGAGGUUCUUAAUAUGUCGAGUAAAGAAAUGCAAAUGUGGCUUUCAAGUGAUGAAAUAAAUGUUGGCGCCGAAGAAGACGUGUUUAAGAUCAUUCUGGCAUGGAUUGAUCACGACAGAAACAAACGACAGAAAUAUUUCGCCGAGUUAUUUGAUCGCCUUCGACUUGUUUUUGUAUCGCGUGACUUUCUCUCCAGUGAUAUUCUAAAGAAUGAUUUGGUGAAAGACAAUGAAUGCUGUCUGAAUCGUGUGGUAGACACUAUAAAUUUAAUUGACUCACAAAACUAUGGUAAUUUUUCCAUUUCAGCCAGAAAGUCGCUCGAGACCUCUGUUAUAGUUGUCACUAGCGCGAUGCGCAAGGACAUCAGCCCUAACUGGGAACUGAGUGCUCAACCUAUUUUGUGUUAUUUUCCUGGUGAGGGUAGGUGGUGUAAGCUAGGUGAAAUGCCUUGUGAAUAUUCAGGGAAGGGAGAAUUUGUCUUUUAUCGAAGUAAAUUAUAUAGUAAGGUACUGGAUUCAUUCCGGCAAUGGUCUGAACUGAGGCGUGCACUUGCAUGCUAUAAUCCAUACUCGAACUGUUGGACAAGAUUACCAUACAUAGAUGUUAACAGGCGGGCAUUACGGGAAAUAUUUGUUAGUAAUGACAAUGAAAUGUACGCUCUGGUGUCUGAAAUGCGAGCUGUGGAAUACAGAAGAGACCGCUGGUCCAGAGAGGUUAACAAUGAUAGGGAAAAAUGUGUUUCCUCUAUCAGGAAGUACAAAGUGGAAUCAAAUUCAUGGGAAGAUGUAACUUCAUUUGAUCAUUUGAAUAGAAGAGAAAAUUUCUGCAUUGUAGCCAAAGACAAUUUUGUGUAUUUUAUUGGCGGUGAAGAAAUACUUGAAAGGAAUGGCAAAGAGUUGUUAAAGUGCUACACUGAUGUUUACAGGUACAAUCUUAGCAGAAACCAAUGGGACAAGGUAGCGGACUUUCUACGACCAAAAAAGUUCGUUAGCGGAGCUGCGUGCAACGAGAGAGUUUUCAUCACUGGAGGGUUGCAACUGGUAACUGCAGGAGUAACUGUGAUGUCACCGAGAUGUGAAUGUGAAGUAUAUAGUGAAACAACGAAUGAAUGGCAGUCUAUUGCAAUCUUAAACAUCAGACCGGAGGCACGUCCCAAGCUUUGUCCAGUUGGUGAACAACUGUAUGCUCUUGGUAGCUACAUGUCGGAUGUUGAGUCCUCGCCAUCUCAUACAAGAGUAGAAUGUUAUGACCCUGACAAGGAUGAAUGGAUCUUGAAAACUGAACUACCCUUCCGAACGCGUUCGAAUGUCGAAAGAACUGUGAACUCUUAUUCGGCGAGAAUAUUCAAAGGCUUCCUCAGCAAUCAGCAAUUGAAAAGCCGCAAUCCCUGGAGAUUUUUUCGUCCUGUCCAGUCAUCGGAAGCGAGUGAAGGCAAAUGUGUCAUCAUGUAA